AGAAAUAUUGUCAUUACGCACUAUUACGCACUGACAGCUACAGCUGAAGGAGAGCGCGCGGCGCAAAGGGGCGGAUUCUUCGCAUUUCCAGGAAAAAGACACGUUUUUCAUCCACAUUCAUCCGGUUGAGUCUCUGCAGAACAGUUUGACAGCAGAACAGAGUCCGGCUGCCGUUCAUCCCCACAGGAAUGGUGGAUCACCUGCCACUUGGUGAGGAGACCUUCCUGUAUUAUACCGACUCCCCGGGGUCUGACUACAACUGUCUCUGUCGCCACGCCAAUGGUGGCGUGUCGCCGGGCAACAUGGUAACGGACGCGUGCAUCUACCAUCACCAUCAUCAUCCCUACCAGGGGAUUACGCUGUCGUCGUCCCCCGGUCUUUCCGAGGAUGACCUCAGUGACUCUUCCAGCCCUCGGUCGUCGCUCUGUUCCAGCCCCGAGUCGUUGUCGCCGCCGUCGCUGCACGCCUUCGGCUCCGGCUACGAAAGCAGGAGCAGCAGGAGCAGCAGCGGGAGUUCCUCAGGUGGAGAGAGUCAAGACAGCCUCCUGGACCUCCUCCUCUCCCAGGCCACCCUCACCAACUCCGGUUCCUGUAACACCAGCAGUAUCUCACCCUCGUCAUCCUCAUCAUCCUCGUCAUCACCCACCGCCCCUCUUUUACCCAUGGGCCUGGCCUGGGAGUCCAAGAAGGAGCAGAGGCUGAGUCUCCUCCAGCACCAAAACAAAGACGACUGCUACGAGUUCCCCGUCUUCCUGGAUGAGCUACAGGAUCCUGCGGCGCUCCUCUUUCAGCCAACCUUGGAGGAGAUUGAGGAAUUCCUAGAGGAGAACAUGGUGGUGGCGAUGGAGAAAGACGAAGACGGCAGCGAUGAAGAGAUGUCUCCGAUGUCACAGGAUACUGAGGCGGACAUUUCAAGGACAGUGGCGGGAGAACUGAUCUCAGCGUUGCAGAACUCAGACCAGACUGUACCUGUGGCCUACACUGCAGCGCCGUCUCCAUCUCCAUCGUCGUCCUACACCGAGACCAAACAUACGCCUUCGACCUCCGACAGGGAGGACGCGCCUUCAACGGUGGAUUCUACUUAUGUAACUAGUUCUACUGGUGCGGCUGUGGACGGGAUCAAACAGGAGGACUGUGGAUCCCCGUCGGCCUCAGCAGACGGUACCAGCGUCCCUGUCAUCCUGCAGAUCCAGCCCAUUCAGAUCAAACAAGAACCCAACCCCAGCAACAUCUCAGACAGCAUCAACCAGCAAACCCACAAGACCCAAUCCCAGACAACGGGGGCUCCAUCAGACAUCAAAAUUGCCCAGCUCCUGGUCAACAUCCAGGGACAGACCUUCGCUUUGGUGCCUCAGCUGCUUCCAACUGCUAAUGUUACCAGCACGUGCAAAACCGGGAGUGCCGGUUCAUCCAAAUUCGUCCGGAUCGCACCGGUGCCCAUUGCCGCCAAACCCAUCGGACUUGGUGAAAGUGGGCUAGCGGGAGGUUCAGCGACGGGGGUCCUCAGUGGCGCUCAGAGGUACCAGAAAAGUGCGGUAGCAGACCUUAUAAAAAUGCACAAGUGCUCUUUCCCUGGUUGCAAUAAGAUGUACACCAAGAGCAGCCACCUUAAGGCCCACCUGAGGAGACACACCGGGGAGAAGCCCUUCGCCUGCACAUGGCCUGGAUGUGGAUGGAGGUUCUCCAGGUCAGAUGAGCUGUCCAGACACCGGCGUUCCCACUCGGGGGUGAAACCGUACCAGUGCAUCGUCUGCGAGAAGAAGUUUGCCCGAAGCGAUCACCUGUCGAAACACCUCAAAGUCCAUCGGUUUCCGCGAAGCAGCAGGACAGGACGCUCUGCAAACUGACCCCCCCCCCCCCCCGACCCCGCUCUGACAGACUGACGCUCAGCGGGUGUGUGUGUGUGUGUGUGUGAGGAGGGUGAAAGUCCAAACACCCUUUAAAGGAGUCCGGUGAUGCAGGACUCUGUGGCUCAUGUGUGAUCCGUGUUUAUGUUCACAUAUGUACGCGUGUGACGUACAUUCAUGGUACUGUGAUAAUUUAUUGGGUGAUGAGGAAAAGACUGUAAAAAAAAAAAACUAAGCCUGAACUAAAACAGAAAACUGUUACUUGACAUAACACCCUCACAGGUGGAAUAAGCUUCUUGUAUAUUACAACUGUUUUUUGUUUUUGUCUUGAAAUCCUUUUGCUCGACUAAAUUUGAAGAAAAAUUUGCUAUUGAGAGUAUUUUUUAUGCUUUAGACGUGUUAUUGUCUUUUAAAAGCCUUAUGUUUUAUCGACGAUGCAUCACUGAGGGGUCUGCUUCGAACACCCUCCUGGACUCGCAGGAAUUUUAUCAGUUUCAUUUCAUGUCGCUCAGUAACAGCAGCUAAACGGACAUUUUAUUAGAAAGCAAUGGGGCCUUAGUUGUAUUCGUUCUAAAUACACAGUAGAGAAAAUGCUGCCUCAACAUUCCUUUUGCUUUGAUAAGUCUUUCUGUUGCCAAUGAGUCCAAUUAUAAAAAAAUUAAAUUAAAUAAAAAAAAAAUCACCAAAAAAAACACUUUAGUAACCUCAAUCAGAAGAACAGAGCUGUGG